UCACCUGUGACUCAUGAACAAUGAGGAACACCUGCACAGGUGUGCCUGCUCUCCAACAGACGCAGCAGCUCGUGUUCAUGAACGCAGCACAUUUGAAUGUCACAGCAGGUGGAACUGGUCCGGCCCGUCUGCCACACCUGUGUAGCAACCGAGACACCUGAGCGGCGUCUGCUGCUUCAGUCUCACCUGUCUGCUGGAACGCACACACCGACUGACGCUCUGCAGGGAUGGACAGGCUGGCGAGGAUGGUGGGAGACAAAGUGGGUGAGUGCAGCAGCCCAGAUUUCUGUUUUCCUGGUUCUGACCGGUAUGGACGACUCGGGUGAGCCUCUGGUUCUGGAGGUGAAACAGUGGGGGGGUCACAGCUCCAGAACCGGGUCUGAGCAUGAGCAGAACCGCUUUUGCCCCCUGAAUCAGGAGAAACUUCUUUUGAUCUGGCCUACCCUCCAGCCUGUUUCCCAGUUCAGUCUGCUCUGCUCUCUGAUUGGCUGCCUCAGGUGUCUCCUCACACUGACUGACUGAACACACCUGAUCCAGGUAAUCAGCACCACGAAUUGGAGACAGCUGAAAACAGGCAGGGUGGCAGAUCUCGAGGUCCAGGGUUGGGCAGCCCCGCUCCACACCUCGCCCUGUUUCCAUGGGGACAUGGUGGAGGGCGCGGUGAAGAACGCUCUGGGCAUCGAGGACAAAAAAAAGGACGAGAAAAAGGGAGGAUUUAUGUCCUUCUUUGGAGGCGACAAGGACAAAGAGAAGGAGAAGGAGAAGGACGGCGGGAUUUUCUCGUUUGGAGACGACGACAAGAAGAAGAAGGAUGACGAUGGAGGCUUCUUCUCAAAGGUCUUUCACAAACACGACGAUGACGACGAUGAGAAGGGCAGGCAGAAGAAAUCCGGGUUUGAUGGCCUCUUUAGUGAGGCGGGGCCUGAAGGAAGUGGAGGAGGACACCAUGAAGGAGAGAAACACGGAGAGAGUGGAGGAGGUGAAGAAAACAAAGGACAGAUAGUUGACUGUGACAGAGACCUCCUGGACGAUCUCAUGGAGGUGGCUGCAGAAACCUCAGUGGAGAAGUAAAAGAUCCUCCUGCUUGUCCUAAACCUCAAAGCUCCGAUUGGUCAGCACAAAUGGACUGAUCAGGCUCCGCCCACCACUGACAAGAGGAGUCUUUCAUUAAAGCUUUGCGGCGACUGACUUCCAUGUUUCUGAUUUUAACAACCAAACAUCCGACACGAACGCCCGCUCCCAGCAAAAAUCUGUCAAACCUGAAGUUCUGGAACCAUGGAUGUUCUGACCUGGAUCUUCAGUUACCUGGAAGUGUUUAAGUGUCCAGGAGUGACGAUCGGGUUUCAGGAAUCGGAUCUCUUUUUGUCAUUUUGCUGCACAUCUUUUGUGUCAAAAACCCCCAAAAACAUUGUCUUCUUUUUUUACUUAAUGUCACACAUAUUACCUGUUUGUGUUUACUGUGUAUUCAUUCAUUAAAAGAUCCAUA